AUGAAGCGCAACAACAGCAUGACGCGUCUUCCUGACGAGGCCCCGAUCGUGGCUGAGAAGGGUUAUUGCCCUGAAUCGCCGCCUGCUGCACGUCCUGGCUCGGCAUCCUCUGCCUCUGCACGGAAGCAGGGGGGACUCCUCACAUUGCCGAUCGACACAGCCAGCACGCAGCAGUCUUCGGGAUACAGUCCGGGGAACACGCCCACACGAUCCAGCAGCAAGAAGAGUGGCACGACCACCCCGAGCAGUGGAAGCAUGAUGCGGUUGCCUGACGAACCUGCGUCGACGGUCCCAAGCCUUCAGGCGCCAGAGGCUAGCACUCAAAGCGGAAGUGGAGGCAGCGGUGGGGGCGGCGGCGGCGGUGGGAUGCAGCGCAUCCGAGAUCGACUUAGCAAAAACCUCUCUGUUGCCACGCCGGUGAAACCACCGGAGCAGCAGAAGAGCAAGAUGGAGAAGAUCUUCCGCACUCUCAAGCCUGGAGAGUCCAUAAACAAUUCGUACAUCUUCGAAGAGGAGAUCUAUAGUGGAGGCUGCAAAGGCCGCGUGCUUGUUGCAAAGCGGAAGACUGAUGGACAAGAGGUGGUGGUCAAGAUCCGUGCCAAGCAAAACAACAGGGCGAAUGAGCGCAAUUGGCGCACGAUUAUGGCCCAGAUGCAUGGCAUCUCCACAAGUGACAACGUGCUUGGCUUCUCUGAGAUCGUAGAAGGUGAGAACGAGUUCUAUGUCGUUAUGCCGAAGUGCAACGGGGGAGAGCUUUUCGAGUUUUUGGCCAACGAGACCGAGGUCCCCGAAGCCGAGUGCAAGCGGAUCAUCAGGGAAAUCCUGACCGCGGUAGGACACCUGCACAAGAACAACAUCAUCCACCGCGAUAUCAAGCCAGAAAACAUCAUGUUCAACCUGGACUUGAUGGUCGAGUCAUCUCCCAAGACGGUGAAGCUCAUCGACUUCGACACGUGUCAAGAGUGGACACCGCAGACACCAAAGAGCCGACGGUUUGUCGGCACGCCGGGGUACAUUGCUCCCGAAGCGUUGAUGGGACAGCAGUCGCCGCAAUCAGAUCUUUGGUCUGUUGGGGUGAUCCUGUACAUCCUGAUGACCGGUGAAAUGCCCUGGAGUUCUCUGGUCAGUCUGGAGGACGGCUUGGUAGGCAGCCCAAGCGCCACACAGAUGUACCGGGCUCUCAAGGCGGAAAUCCUUGAGUGGGAGCAGGAGCCAUGGCCAGACUUUCCAUUGGCGCGAGAUCUUUGCCAGAAGUUGUUGGCUUUCGAGCUGGAUGAUCGCAUGAAAGACUGUGAGGAGGCACUCAACCACGGCUGGUUGAAAGAGUGA